CCCCAACCCCGCCCCGCCCCGCCCUGUCGUGUUGUGUUGCCCCCGCAGUCCUGAGUCUCUCCACCUCUCACCCCAUGCUUGGAACACAGUGGUCUCUCUGCCAGCCCAAUGACUGCCUGGAUCGUCCUGCCUGUCAGCCUGUCUGCCUUCUCCAUCACAGGGAUAUGGAUCGUGUAUUACAUGGCUGUGAUGAAUCACCACGUCUGUCCGGUGGAGAACUGGUCCUAUAAUGUGACGUGCACCGAGGAGCUGCCGCGACCAGGGUUCCCUAAGACCUGCUGCACCAUCCAGGACAUCCCCCUCAUCAGUAAAUGUGGCUCCUUCCCUCCUGAGAGUUGCCUGUUCAGUCUGAUCGGCAACGUUGGAGCCUUCAUGGUGGUGAUGGUGUGUCUCCUCCGCUACGCUCAGGUGAUCGAGCACAGCCACAGAUGUUGGGUCAACACCAGCGCUCUGGUGUCAGGCUGCACCAACGCCCUGGGUCUCGUCAUGGUGGGAAACUUCCAGGUGGAUCACGCCAAAUCUCUGCACUACGUCGGCGCCGGUGUGGCGUUUCCAGCCGGGCUGCUGUUCGUGUGUCUGCAGUGUGUGCUCACGUACCGCGUGGCUGUUACCGCCCUCGACCACUGGAUGGCACAUUUCAGAGUGGCCCUCUCCCUGGGGGCCAUGGUCUCUCUGGUGCUCAGUGGCAUCUUUUUCAUCCACGAGAGCUUCGUCCUGCAGCACACCGCGGCCAUCUGUGAGUGGGUCUUCACCGUGGAUAUUCUGGUCUUUUACGGCACCUUCACCUACGAGUUUGGAACCGUCACCAGCGAGACCCUGAUGGUAGGCCUGCAGCGGAGUCACCACACCACCGGGGGCAUCAUGGGCCCCGGGGCCCGAGGCUCCACUCUGAGCGGGGCCACCAAGGGCCUUAAGUCCCCCGGGGGGAGCAGCACGUCCACCCACCUUAACUGUACACCGGAGAUCAUAGCCAUGUUGUAGCUCUGCCAGAGAUGAGCAUCUGUGCGGAGGUGCAUGCUGGGAAGUGGAGUGGACAGAGGAGGGGACAGUAAGUGUCCGAUCGUUGACCCGUUUGUUAUAAAAGUCACUGCCCGUUGUUUUUCCUCUUCACUGGUGACGGUUGGUCUGGUGGUGCUGUCGUCGCUCUGCGCUUCUCCCGGGUGAACACCAGGUGUCACUGUUUUGAUGAAGGAGAUGUAACUGAAAUAGUUUUUGCCCCUGGACUUCUUCUCCUUCUCCAAACACACUCCUCUUCUGGCCUUUUUUUUAUUUUAGUUGCAGCGAUGACGAAAUGCCGAUGUUGACGAUGUAUUUUAGUGGAAUUCACGUUGAAGUGUCGCAGUCUGAGCCUCGAUAUUAUUAUUAUUGGUGUGUGUGUGUUUGGGGCCCAUGACCACGACUUGAACCUGCUGCCUGAGUCAUGUUUAAUUAUGACCUUUUGACCUUUCUGCCAUUGAUGAUCACGCACACACACAUACUCGUCGUUCAUCCAGACGGAUCCUGUGAAAUCCUUACGUUUCUAUUACGCGAACGUAGUGUCGCCGUUCACUGAUGCUAACGCUAACAAACUUCUUUUUUGUUGCCAAUUUUUUGCGCCAACCAUAGACUGAUAAAUGCACAAGGACAAGAUGAAGUUGACUGAAGAGCUUCUCUGGUUUUUCGGAGGAACUCGAGCUAAAACACGUCGCUAGAGCCAUAGCCGCUGCCGUGUGUGUUUACCUGGGUUAUAUUUGUACACAAGUAUACGUGUCCAACACAUACAGCUAUCAAAAUGUUAAUUAAGCGCCACCUACAGGUCAGGGAGGGUAACCACAUGGUAAAUUCUGACAAGUACUUCAGUCCACUGGUUCACUCUGGUACCUGGUACACAAUGAAGUCUAUGGUUCCAUCUACAUGGUACCAUCAACCCGACUCUGAUAGUGAUGGAACUGUUUUAUAUUGUCGCGAUUUUAGCUAACAUUAUCCGAUUCACUACAAAAUGAAGAUUUUUUUUUUUUUUUUUUUAAAUCGAUACCUCAGCUCUCAGGAGAGGGACUGGACCUCAGUCGUGUUAGUCCACGUUGACGGUCCGGACUACUGAAGUCUGCUUUAACUGACGGUAGGGCACACUGGACACAGGCAGACCAAAAAGACAAUCCAGCUGAAGACAUUUACGACACGUGGACACCUAGCUGUGCAAUAAUAUCGUUUGUAGUCCCGCCCUACUGUCUGUCUCACGUCAACACGCGAGGAGCCCGAACCAGAUCGUUGCCAAAACUGUCGGACGGCUGCGGCUCAGACUGAAGCCAAAGUCCGCUGACACCAUUCUGGGUCUGGUCUAGAGCAGAGGUCUCGCAACGGUUCUGGUGCCGUGG